UGCUACCAUUAACACUCCACUUGUCUUUUGCUUGAUGCACCCUCACCAACAACAUAAACACAACUACUCAGUUUUAUAAGUUCAAUGAUUACAGCUUCAGAUAGUGGCAGUAUGUCUAAAUAUCCAUGAUAUAACAACAUAGUGGAAAUGACAAUGGCUUCCUUAAGUGGUACAUUAAUGAGUUGUUGGUGGCAGGAGUGUUAUUCAGCAGUCUUUCUCCCGAGAUAGUAUUCUUGAAGCUGUGCUCAUUCAGGCAAGCAUGGCCAAGAGAGUAUUCCAUCACACCCUGAACUUGCGGCUUGAAGUUGGUGGAAGGUUUUUUAAAGGAGUCAAAGUUGUUCACUGCAGAACGACCAGCUUUCAGCUGAAUAUUGUUGCUGCCGUGUUUAUGAGUCCAGUUAACUUACUGGUCAAUUAGUGACUGCUAGUCGAACUACCAACGUAACAAAACACCGUGCAAUUAUCCGUAAACAUUCCCACUUCCAACCUGACUGUGUUAAAGAAGGUUAUCUCAUACUGAGAGUGGAAAUCCUAUGGGAGUGAAUUCUCAAGUUGCUUGACGGGGGACAUUCUCAAACAGUUUCCCGUGGGCCUGACACCCCCAGUCACCAAAAAAAACGUGCAGUUCAGCGCCAGAGUGUGUGGGCUUGAAAGCUGCUGAAGAGUGUAACGGGCUGUGUAAGCCAACAGGGGCCGCUGCGAGAGACACAGUGGCCGGGGAGAGGCGCUGCUCCCCACGGUAUAACGGGACGGUGAAGGAAACCUAGUGCAGUGAGAGCAGGGGAGGGUGAGGGGGAAGGAGAGAGAGCGGCAGAGAGUCACUGUGGGACGUGGUGUGUGUAUACAUUAGGACAAUCCGGAGCGUGGAGUGAGCGCAGUGAGGCGAGGAUGUACGAGGAGAACCUGACUUUGCACAGACCCCGCUAUGGAUCUAUUGUGGAUGAUGAAAGACUCUCUGCGGAGGAAAUGGAUGAAAGGAGACAUCAGAACAUUGCCUAUGAGUAUCUAUGCCACCUAGAGGAAGCCAAACGAUGGAUGGAAACAUGUUUGCAUGAAGAAUUGCCCCCUACCACAGAGCUUGAAGAAGGGUUGAGAAAUGGUGUUUAUCUUCUCAAACUUGCAAAGUUCUUCGCUCCUAAAUUGGUCUCUGACAGAAAGAUCUAUGACAUCGAACAAACAAGAUUCAAGCGUUCUGGACUACAUUUUCGACACACAGACAAUACAGUGCAAUGGCUCAGAGCAAUGGAGUCAGUUGGAUUACCCAAGAUCUUUUAUCCUGAGACGACAGAUGUUUACGAUCGGAAAAAUAUGCCUCGAGUGAUCUACUGCAUACAUGCACUAAGUUUAUACCUGUUCAAACUUGGGAUAGCCCCUCAAAUCCAAGACCUGCUGGGGAAGGUGGAUUUUACUGAGGAGGAAAUAAGUAAUAUGCGUAAGGAACUGGAGAAGUAUGGAAUUCAAAUGCCAGCAUUCAGUAAAAUUGGUGGAAUUCUGGCAAACGAACUUUCAGUUGACGAAGCUGCUUUACAUGCUGCAGUAAUUGCAAUCAAUGAAGCAAUAUCUCGAGGGAAUUCUGAGGAGACCAUAAAGGCUUUAAUGAAUCCAAAUGCAGUUUUGACUAAUAUAGAAAACAGUUUGGCUCAGGAUUACCAAAAUAAAUUGUCUCAGGCCAAACAAACAAAGCAAGAGAGUGCCCAGAGCAAGAGCGAUUCUAUUAAAGCAGAAGAGCGAGAUAUGUAUGAGGAACUUCUGACGCGUAUGGAGAUUCAAGACACUGUUGAUCAGGUCAAUGUGAAUAAAGGUCUACAACAAGUGAAUGAAGCCCUAGAGAAACAUGAUCAGGAUAAUUUACUGGCUGGUCUGCAAUUCCCUCCUCUAAUGCUUGUCGGAGUGAAGCAGGAGAAUUCGCCAUGGUAUCUGGAGCAUUUGUAUGCUCACAGAGAACAGAAACUACAGCUAGAGAAUUUUUUAGGUAUGCUGACCAAGGAUGACCUUCAAACAGGAGUUAACCUUUCCAAUGACCAGGCUGAAGCCCAUAAACUUAAGCUUGAAGCUGUUGAAAAGAUAAAUGCUGCUAUCCGCGAUGGUGAUGCAGCCCAAACUGUGAAAGCAUUAAUGGUGCCACAGGCUCAGUUGCCUACAAUAUACUCUCAUAUGGCUGACUUGUACCAGGUAGAACUGUCAAACCUGCAGCAACAGAAUCCUGAGGGGAAGCUGACUCAUGAAGAGCUUGCUAUUGCAGUGGAGAUGUUGUCAGCAGUGGCUGCACUGAAUGAAGCGUUGGUCAUGAAUGAUGUUCAGGCUGUAGUACAGCACCUCACCAGCUCUUCCAUUGGAGUGAGCAACCUGCAUGAUGCAAACACACAACGGUAUGCGGAUAAGCUGGUACAAAUGAAGAGGCAAGCUGCAGACGAAGGACAGCAGUAUUUAAGCUGGAAUGACAUUCAAAGCUGUAUUGAAGAAAUCAAUUUGCAAGUCCAGGAAGAAAAUGAAAAGAUCAUUGCAGCUGGCCUUAUCAAUGAGAUAGUAGAUAAAGAAGAUCCUAAUAAAACACUGGAAGCAUUACUGAUGCCAACUGCUAAAUUACAGGGCGUGAAGUCCUCAAUAGCAUCCCAUUAUCAAGAUGUUCUAUGGCACACUAAGCAACAGAAGUGCAAGGUGACUCAGGAUGAUUCAGCUGUGUUGUGGUUGGAUGAGAUACAGGAAGCGAUCAUUUCUGCAAAUAAGAAUACUGAUGAUGCUCAUUGCUUGGCUGUUGCAAUUUCUGAAGUUAACUCAGCAAUUGAGAAGGGUGAUCCACAGCUGACAUUGACUACAAUACAGUCUUCCAACAUAACCACGAGAGGGCUUAUACCAGAAUGUGCGGAUAGCUAUCAGACUGAACUCUCUGAAGAAAAAAGAAAAAAGACUGGAGAUGAACCAAAUGGAAGUGUGUGGGUUAUGCACAAGAUAAAAGACAAAUAUGAAUACUACUACAACCUGCAAACUACAGAGGGCACAUGGGACAAACCAGAAAAUUUUGUGCAGAACAAUACUCAGCUGAAUAGAGAAGAAAUUCAGGAUACCACUGGCCGAGUCACAGCUGAUUACCACCGUGAGCAGCUCUGGUUAGCGAAGGAGAGUCAGAUUAUCUGUCUGCAGGCACGAGCUAGAGGUUACCUUGUAAGAAAAGCUUACAAAGAACGAUUGAACUACCUCCACAAACAGGGACCUUCUGUCAUCCGACUACAGUCUUCUUGGAAAGGAUAUAAGCAAAGGAAAGCUUACAAGGGCCGGCUAAUGGUCCUGCAAAACAAUGUUGCAGCUAUUGUUAAGAUCCAGUCUUUUGUGAAGAUGUGGAAGACUAGAAAAGCAUAUCGUGCAAGAUGUCAGUACUUCAAAGAUCAUACAAAAGAAAUAAUUAAAAUCCAGGCAUUCCUCAGAGCAAAUAAAGCUAAGGAUGACUACAAAACUCUGAUCAGUGCGGAGGAGCCCCCGCUGAAUGUUGUACGUAAAUUUGUUCACCUGCUGGAUCAGAGUGCCUUGGAUUUCGAGGAGGAGCUGGAAGUUACAAGAAUAAGGGAGGAAGUUGUUACCAAAAUCCGAUCCAAUCAGCAGCUAGAGAAGGAUCUCAACCUAAUGGACAUUAAGAUUGGGCUUCUUGUGAAAAAUAGGAUAACAUUACAGGAUGUGAUUUCCCACAGCAAGAAAAUGGAUAAGAAGAACAAGGGCCAGGCUAUGGAAGUCAUUUCGGGUGACAAGCAAGGACUAAAAUCACUCAGCAAGGAAAAUAGGAAAAAACUGGAAGCAUACCAGCAUCUCUUCUACUUGCUUCAGACAAAUCCAACCUACCUAGCCAAAUUGAUCUUCCAGAUGCCUCAAAACAAGUCAACUAAAUUCAUGGAUACUGUCAUCUUCUCCUUAUACAACUAUGCAUCAAACCAGCGAGAAGAAUAUCUGCUGCUAAAACUCUUUAAAACUGCUUUGGAGGAAGAAAUCAAGUCUAAGGUGGAUCAGGUUCAAGAUAUUGUCACUGGAAACCCCACGGUCAUUAAAAUGGUGGUCACCUUCAACCGUGGUGCACGUGGACAGAAUGCUCUCAGGCAGCUGCUUUCUCCUGUAGUAAAAGAAAUAAUGGAGGAUAAAACUCUCUCGAUCAAUACAAACCCAGUGGAGGUAUAUAAGGCCUGGGUAAAUCAAAUGGAGAUGCAGACUGGUGAAGCCAGCAAACUGCCAUAUGAUGUCACAGCAGAACAGGCCUUGUCACAUGCAGAAGUCAAGACAAAACUUGAAACCUCAAUGCACAACCUGCAAGCAGUCACCGAUAAGGUUCUCAUGUCCAUUAGCACAUCCUUGGAUACCAUUCCCUUUGGUCCUACAUCUGUUAAUAUUGUAGGCAACCUUCUUUACUAUCGCUACAUGAACCCGGCUAUUGUUGCUCCUGAUGGAUUUGAUAUUAUUGAUAUGACGGCUGGUGGUCAGCUCCAUCCCGAUCAACGGCGGAACUUGGGCUCCGUGGCAAAAGUGUUGCAGCACGCUGCCUCAAAUAAACUGUUCGAAGGAGAAAAUGCACAAUUGUCAUCUAUGAAUGCCUACUUAUCACAGACUUAUCAGAAAUUCAGGAAUUUUUUCCAGUUAGCCUGUGAUGUACCAGAACCAGAAGAAAAAUUUAAUAUUGAUGAGUACUCUGACAUGGUGACACUAAGCAAACCAGUUAUUUACAUCUCCAUUGAAGAAAUUAUAAACACUCACUCGCUGCUGUUAGAACACCAAGAAGCUAUUUCGCCAGAUCACAACGACCUGUUACAUGAGUUACUGGAAGGAUUGGGAAGUGUACCUGAUGUUGAAACUCUGAUUGGGGAGGGGGCGGUUGACCCAAAUGACCCCAACAAAGCGAAUAUACUUUCCCAGCUUGCAAAGACAGGAGUCUCACUCACGCUGACCAGCAAGAUUGAGUUGCGAGAGGGGGAUGACAGAGACAUGAAGAUUUUGAUGAUAAAGACCAAACAGUUGAUUGUGGAUGUGAUCAGAUCUCAGCCAGGAGAAACGUUGACUGAAAUCCUGGAAACACCAGCCUCCUUGCAACAGGAAGCCAAUCAUUUGAAUAUGGUUGAAAAACGUGCUCUACUGGAUUCCAAAGUUCCUGAAAAUGUGAAACACAGUCAGUCCAUCCUUGAGGAUGGGCAACUUCCAUUGGAACAGAAAAAACGAAAAAUCCAGAGGAACCUUCGGACACUGGAACAGGCUGGCCUGGUCUCAUCGACAAAUAAAUACCAGGAACUAAUCAAUGAUAUUGCAAAGGAUAUUCGCAACCAACGACGGUAUCGUCAGCGUCGCAAGGCUGAACUUGUGAAACUGCAACAGACUUUGGGUGCACUUAAUUCAAAAGCCAAAUUUUAUGAAGAACAGAACAAUUAUUACAACACAUACAUUAAAACCUGUCUGGACAACUUAACAAGAAAGAAUGCCAGAAGAUCAAUAAAAUUAGAUGGAAAAGGAGAAGAAAAGGGUAACAGAAAAAUGAAACAAUCAACUUUACGCUACACAGCAGCUCGCCUGUAUGAGAAAGGGGUUAUUCUGGAAAUUGAAGGACUUCAAUCUAACCAGUUCAAGAAUGUCCUCUUUGACAUCACACCAAGUGAAGAAGUGGGAGACUUUGAAGUCAAAGCAAAGUUCAUGGGAGUAGAAAUGGAAAAGGUUCAACUUCAUUUUCAGGACCUGCUGGAGCUGCAGUAUGAAGGCGUGGCAGUCAUGAAGAUGUUUGGCAAGGCGAAAGUCAACGUAAACCUGCUAGUUUUCCUCCUGAAUAAAAAGUUCUAUGGAAAAUGAACUAUUCACACUGGCAAUUCUGACUGUCAAAUACACAUUAAAUUCUUUCCUUUUCAGUAAUUAAACAAAUAUUAAGUUCAGUCAACAGCAGGGUCACAAAGAUAUUUAAAAUAUCUAUUGUAUUUUUUUUAAGGAACACAUAUCAUUGUAUUGGACCAAAUUGAUUUCUGCUGUUGUACUUUCUGCAUUAGAACCAAGCUGCCUUGGUGUUAUCAACAGUUCUCAGCUUUGAUUUCUAAUUUUAAGAGUUGAUACAGGAAAAAUAUUGUAUAAGAAAAUGGGUGCAAACUGAUGAUUUGCUGUUGAGUUACAUGUUUUAUUGAACACUGCACUUAAUUAUAGUUUUCAAAAGGUAAUAAAUAGAGUAACCCCUGUUUAAAAUACUCUUAACCAGUAUAAGAACCAUGGAAUCCAGAUACAUUGUAUGUUUCCCAGGCAAAGGUUUAAUAUAUUUCUUAGAGAUUUCAACAUAUUUGCAACCAAUUUUCUCAGUUCAUGAUCAUAAUUGUGUUCUAGAUCUUCUGGCCGUCAGACUACAAAUGGUUUUUUCUAACAAUCAAAGAGGAAGCAGUGUAUUAAGUGGGCUGCUAAAAUUAUGAACACAGAACCAGCAGAAAAAUGGUAUUUAAAUCAUGUGAUGGUUUUGGUUAAGUGCAAAACAGUUUGCCUUUUACAUCUGCCUGUCGCUUUGCCUGUAGAUAAGAGACUCUGCAAAUUGCCUUCUUGCCUGUAAUGGUCUGAAGAACAUUUCAAGUUUGGUUUUGUUUUGACAAGGUUCAUAUUCAAGGACAGAAACAGAAAUUGCUGGAAAUAUUCAGCAGGUCUGGCAGCAUCUUUGGAGAGAAAGCAAAGUUAAUGUUUUGUGUCCGCAAUAUUAACCCUGAUUUCUCUCCACAGAUGUUGUCAGACCUGUUGAGUUUUUCCAGCAAUUUCUGUUUUUGUUUCUGAUUUCAAGCAUCCACAGUUCUUUGUAUUUUUCCCCCAAGGAAAUGCCUUAAUUCAAAUUUAGACUCCGUGAUACAAGGUGUAACUCUGUAUCCAGAAUCAUCCACUCUGAAAUUUUUCAUGCCUGAUUAUUCAAGUGUACUUUUACCGUGUGACAAUACCAAGUCUCUCAAUUCAGAUAACCAUAUGUGCAUAUCUACAACGCAUCUACAAUGCUCAUAAUAUCUUUACAUUUCUAUAUAUCACCAUUCAAUGAAAGCUUUAUAACAGAGAAAUUCAACUUCAGGAAAAAAACCGUAUCAGUCAGAAUAACUCAGGUCUAAGUUGAAAUCUAAAUAUGCUGCUUACACAGGAAGAAAGCAAUACUUACAAUUGAGCUGUGCAUUACAAGCUUCUACAGAAUGUUGUCCACUGAACUGAAUAAACCAUCUGACUGCCACAAAACUCAUUUGUGUUGAUAACAAUAAACUUGCUUAACUAGCAAUUAAUUCCAUGGAUCUUUCAGAGCAAUAAUUCCUUAUGACUUUGAGUGUAUUCUAAUGAGGUGUUACUUGAUGCUCCCAUUUGUUACAUGCAUGUUAGUUUGAAAUUUUGUUUGUGAUUACCCAAUUAUAAAAGUAUAAAAUACAGGCACGGAUUAAAUUCUAUAACCUUUUGGUGAUUAUCUUCUAACCUGAAUGUUCAACUUUGUUAUCAGAGCAGACAUAGCUUUACCAGCUGGUGUAAUUGAGCAGAUUACAAAAAAACUAGAAAUGUAGAAUUUAAACUGCGUUUGCUAUUAUCUUUAUUCAUGAAUUUUUUUAGUUGUGAUUUAGAAACCAUCUUCCUGAACGCUAUAAUUUUUAAUAUUGAUCUUUAAAAUAAAAGUGAUAGAACAAUGGCUUCACUUUCUGCAUAACUGGAGCAAAGCAGCAUUGAUCUGACCUCCAAGCACAAGUGUUUUCAUGUUGCUUACUUAGUUUAAGAAUAAUUAAAAUUAAUCAUUUAUUUAAAUAGUUGGCUUUAAAUGCAGUGUACAAUUCCAGUUAUGAAACAUUCCAUUAAAAUGUUCAAUGUAAAAAGAUGAUAUUUUAUGAUUUAUACAUUACAAGAUAAUAUGCACUACUGCCUAAUGGCCAAAAAUAUAUUUCCAGCCAAUGUGUACUACCUGUAGUAUGGUAUUAAAGUAAUGAUUUGGCUCUAGUGAUUGAUUUAUGUAUGUCAGUUCAAACCGACACUUUGUGCCUUUUGUAUGUAAACUGCUCUGUCCCCAUAGUGUUGGCUAUUUAUAGCUAUUCUUUUAAACCAAAAUAUUGGAAUCUUAUUUGACGACGUUGAUUUUUCAAUGGUUGUCUGCCUUGUCAAAUGGUGUAAAAUAAAUCUUCCUAAAGAGUU